UCCGUCAACUGGGGCUAUUUAAUCGAACAGGUACAACUUAAAUCUGAGCCACUGCUAGUUCAUGCCUAUUAUACACACCCCCCAUUAACUCCCCCAGUUGUUCCCCCUGUUUUCCUCCCUCUCUCUGUUCCUCGGUUCCUUUUCUAGAAAGAGAAGAAGAAAUGGGAAGGAUGGGAGUGUGGUUGCUUGUGGGAAUGGUGGGAAUGCUUAUUCCGGUUCAUGGCCAAGAUCAAAUCCCAGGUUUCAUAAGUAUCGACUGUGGGGCACCAAAUGAUUACUACGACAUCGAACUCGGUAUUUAUUACAAGAAAGAUGAUGGAUUUGUAGAUUCUGGGGAGAACUGGCAAAUUUCCACUCUCUUCAUCAACGAGAACAGAUGGCAACAGUCGAAAAACUUGAGAUUCUUUCCUAACGGAACAAGAAAUUGUUACACACUUCGACCUGAGAAAGGCAAGGGCAACACAUAUCUGAUCCGCGCCUUAUUCUUCUAUGGGAAUUACGACGACAAGAAUCAGCAGCCCUUAUUCGACUUGCACAUUGGGACUGAUUAUUGGACCACAGUGAACACAUUCAACUGGACUUAUUAUGAGAUAAUUCACGUCCCCACGACUGAUAACAUUCAAGUCUGCCUCAUAAAUACUGGAAAUGGGGUGCCUUACAUUUCGGCACUAGAACUGCGAUUGUUGAAUAGUUCAAUUUACCCGCUUAAUUCGGCAUCACUAUCGACCCGAUGGCGAUACGACAUCGGUAGUUCAGACCCGAUGGCGGUACAUAGGUACGAUUCAGAUAAUACAAAGCCUACGCAUAAUUAAGGAUAGAAAUGUAUCGGAAGAGGGAACGACUAAUAAGGACAAAACGAUAUUUUGUGAUAAGUCUAAUUUUCUUUCCCAUGCUCAUUAAUAAUUUUUUAUUUAAUGAUUAAGUAGAUUAGACCAUUAUCUUUUAUCUUUCUAUUCAUUUUCUCAUAUAAUUAACUUGUAAUUAUAAUAGCCACGGACCCGUCACUCAAAAGUGUUAGUUGCUAAUGAGGUCAUUGGACCUUAUAUAAAUCUCAAGCCUCCCCCUUGCACAACCAAUGUGGACUCGCAAGUCGUGACAAACUUCAAUUAUUUUAGGCCCAGCGUCCUCAAUGGGCUCUUGGGCCGGAGUCCAAAACAUAACUCCCACGUAUUCAGGCUCAUGAGGAGCCACCUGAAUUCCUACCCGCAAUCCUACAUGGUUGUAGGCUAGAGUCUGCUCUAAUACCGAUCAACGCUUGGAAAAGAAAGAGGACAAGGAGAACCAUUUCAUUAUACUUGACCCAUAGACCUCUCUUGUAACCGGAGAAAGAUGAGAAUG